AUGAAAAGUAUAUCUGUUUAUGGAAAGUUAAGAUAGGAAAAUGAAAAGACAAAUUAGAUGGUGAUUCAAGUGCUGUUUUUUCAAUUUGUUACUCUCCUAAUGGAAAUACAUUAGCAUCUGGUAGUCAUGAUAGCUCUAUCUGUUUAUGGGAUGUUAAGAUAGGAAAAUGAAAAGCCAAUUAAGAUGGUUAUUCAAGUGAAGUUAAUUCAAUUUGUUACUCUCCUGAUGG